CAAGCGGCGCGCUUGACUCGGAGCAACCAAUGGAAGCCAACAGCUGGCUGGUGCGACCACUGCCACACGGGAAUCGGCUCCUAGUCUUGACGUCACUAAUGCCACAGCGCUCUCGUAAAGCCCGAAAUGGAUGUCGGCUUGCGGGCCACACCCAUCGCCGAGUUGUCGCGCCCAUCGAGAUGCCAUCACCAUGUACAUCGCGACGCGUAUCGAGCACAACGUUUUAAUUCAUACUAUCCUACUAAUGCUAUAGAUACCCUUCAUCACCCAGCAGGUCUGGCUAGUAGAGUGACUUCUUCAAGCAACACAAUUUCCAAACGUUCUCAUCAGUACGCCGAUACACUAUCCAACUGCACCACUCCCAAUCCCAUGUCUUCCCUCAGAGUUCUCAUUUCAGGUGGAGGCAUUGGCGGCCCGGCCCUUGCGUUCUGGUUGGCGAAGCUUGGCCACGACGUAACCAUCCUCGAGCGAUCCCCUUCCCUGCGCGUUCAGGGCCAACAAAUCGACCUCCGAGGCCAAGGAGUGACUGUUGUGCGCCGCAUGGGACUCGAAGGUCUUAUACGCGAAAAGGUGGUCAACGAAGCUGGCGUCCGAUUCGUCAAUGGCAAAGGGAAGACACAGGCUACCUUUGAAGCAAACAAGUCUGGUGUUGGCAAGCAGGGUUUUACAUCAGAAUUCGAGAUUAUGCGCGGGGAUCUGGUUCGGUUGCUUUUCGAUAAGACGACUGCACUGGGAGUGAAGUAUUUUUUUGGUGUCAAGAUCGAGUCGUUUGAACAGGAUGCAGGCUCAGUGACGGUCCAUCUGUCAGAUGGAACCACGGACACUUUUGACCUGCUGGUCGGAGCUGAUGGUCAGGGAUCCAAGACGAGACGACUCAUGCUCAGCCCCGGUGAGAAGGACCCGUUCCAUCCUCUCGGCGUGCAUAUGGCCUUUUACACCGUCCCGAAAUGGAAGACGGACGACAACUACGCCACGGUGUGCGUGUGUCCCAAGAAGCGUGUGCUCUUUUCCAGAAACGACAAUCCUGAAACGACUCAGGCAUACCUUGCCGUGUGUCCACCAGACAAGGAGACGGAGAAGCUUCUCAUCGAAACGGAAAGAAGCCGCGAUCUUGGACGGCAGAAGCAGGUGUGGUCAGAGCUGUUCAAGGAUGCUGGCUGGCAAGCCGACCGCUUUUGCGAUGCGCUCAACGAAGACGGUGUUUCCAACGACUUUUACUGUGUCGAGAUUGGACAGAUACGCAUGGGCAAGUGCUACAAGAAUCGUGUGGCCCUUCUGGGAGAUGCGGGAUAUGCACCCAGCGUCUUGACGGGCCGGGGCACAACCUGCGCGUUCAUCGGUGCUUACGUGCUCGCUGGCGAGAUUUCAAAACACUGCUCGGGGUCGUCAGGAAAGGCGACCGACGGUAUUCCUGCCGCCCUCGAGUCGUACAAUGAUGAGAUCUUGGAGCUUAUGAAGGAAGUUCAAGACAUUGGUUUCAAGCCGUCCUGGAUCUACCCUAACUCCUCGUGGGUUAUUUCAAUUUUGUACACAAUCUUGUGGUUGGUGUCAGCUUUGAGGAUCGACAAGAUUCUCCAGCGACUUCAAUCAGAUGAUGUGCCGGGCUGGCAACUUCCUGAUUAUUCCGGGCUUGCAUAUGACGACGAGAAGGAAGCCAAGAAGCUUGCUCAUUGAAGGGAGUUGUGGCCAAGCGAUGAUGAGUUAUGGCGCUGUGUCGCGGUCUGACUUGGGUUGGCGUUUAUCAGGACUCAGCGGGUGGAGAAUUUGUACCAUCAAGUUUGUAAUAUCACAGCUUAACUCCAAUCAUAUUAGCCACUAUAUAUGUUGAUGCUUC